AUGGAGAUUGCUAUGAUCUUAGGAAUGGUUUUUGAUCUAUCCAUACCACUUCAGUAUCACAACGAUGAACAUCUAGCUUCAAAACAUUCGACUCAUCUAGAGAAUUAUUGGCCAACUUUCAUAAUUGGUUGUUUGAUAGAAGGAGUUUCAUUCUUCUUAUUACAUCCUGAUUUAUUCACUUUGAUAGUUUGUGUCAAAACUGUUUUCUUAUUCGUAACUUGGUUAAGUAAAGAUCAAGAUGGUUUGAGGAUACAGCCUGGUGAUGCUCGUUCCUCAAGAUCAAAUUCCAACAGACAUUCAAAACGUUCAUCUCCCAACGAUCCGAACGACCCAUCAAGACCAUCAAGGUCAUCAUCGUCAUCUGGUGGUCCACCCAAGAAUAUGCCUGAAUGUAAAUCCGUUCCAUCAGCUUAUAAGCAUUUGAAAAAAGCAGGAUAUUCCGAUCAGGCUAUUGCAGGAAUGAUCUUGUCUAUGAAUCAAAAUGGAGAUAAAGAUAAAGAUAAAGAUCGUUCAAAGAAAAAUUUCGAUACUUGGCGUAAAGAAAAAGACCCAAAAGAACUCCAAAGGAGAAAUCAACAAUAUUCUGAUUUCGCUAAAAAAUCAGGUUGGAACCCUUCUUCUUCUUCUUCUUCUCUUUCAAAUGAGACUACACAAGGUAGUGGUGGUGACGGUGGCGAAUCAAGUAUGCCUCAAUCGAAAUAUAUUGAAUCACCUUAUAAACACUUGAAAAAGGCUGGAUACGAUGAUGCUGCUAUUGCAGGUAUGAUUUUAUCUGUGAAUAAGAGUGGAGAUAAAGAUCAUGCUAAAAAAGUAUUUGAUACUUGGCGUAAAGAGAGAGAUCCUAAAGAGAUCAAAAGAAGGAACGGUCAAUAUACAGCAAUGGCUCAAAAAGCCGGAUGGAAGUCUGGUUCAGGAUCAUCAGGUGGCGGAGGUUCAAGUUCAGCGUCGGACGGACCGAGUAAUAUGCCUACAUCGAAAUUCAUUCCAAACCCAUAUAAACAAUUGAAGAAAGCGGGAUAUGAAGACCAAGCUAUAGCAGGUAUGAUUAUUAGUAUGAACCAAAGUGGAAAAGAUCACGCUGAGAAAGUAAUCAAGAUUUGGAGUUCUGAGAAAGAUCCAAAACAGAUCAAAAGGAGAAAUCAACAAUAUAUCGAUAGUGCUAAAAAAUCAGGCUGGCCAGAUAAAUCAAAGAUGGAUUCAGCAUCCCAGCCUUCGUCGAGUGGUUCAAAUGGUCGAGGCGGAGGGGGAAGGAAAAAAUUAGCUAUAUCAGUUAAAGCAGUUAAACAAAUUGAAUCAAGAAUGAAACAAUUGAAUGGAACUAACGAACAAAUCGAUCAAGGAAUUCAAUCUCAAAUAUUAUCAAUUUUGAAAAAUCCACAAUCUGAGAACGAUUUAGAGAAGGUAACCAAUACGUUAAAACAAUUUGGAAUCAAAGUUGAUUUGAAUUCACCUGAAUUCGUCGAAGGGUAUGGUGAAUUAGAUCCUAAUGGUAAUAUCCGAGAUAUAGUUUUGAGAGAAGAAACAGUCAGUGGUUUAUGUACAGGUAUGGUACAUAAAGCGUUUGAACCUAAUCUAGUCCAAGAAUGGUUGAAAUAUCUAACUGUACCUAGAUCAAAGAGAGAAUUUAACGAUAACAUAGUUCCUUUGGCUAAGAGGGUUGACGUUUAUUUGGGCGAUGGGUAUACGGGUACAGGUCCAAAUCAAAUAAAUAGAAAAGCAUUGGAAUCAAUCAAACCUGAUAUUCAGAAGAAAACAGGCGCACCUUCAAGUAUGGUUGACCAUAUGAUUGAAAAAGCUAUCAACAUGUUAAACGUAGAAGAAAGUGAGAAGAUGUUGAAAAAUUGGGCUAUGAACGGUAUAGGCAAAUCCGAAUUUGAACAGUUCAGAAGAGAGAUGGGUGAAUGGGCUUAG